AUGCGCUCCGUCCCCCCCUUAAAGGGCCAGCGCGUCCCCGCCGGGGCCUCCGCCUCCCGCAGCCAUUCUUCAACCCCAAGUCAUCACCCGGACGCUGGGAGGUGUGCCCCGCGCGGUCACUCCAUGGCGGGGAGUGGUCCGCGGCGGCGGCGGCGGCACUGCCUCGAGCAGAAGGAGCAGCAGGAGAGGCUGCGGGAGGCCGCGGCCUUGGGGGACAUUCGGGAGGUGCAGAAACUGGUGGAGAGCGGGGUGGAUGUGAACUCCCAAAAUGAGGUCAACGGCUUGACCUGUUUACAUUGGGCGUGUAAACACAGUCAUGGUCAGGUGGUCUCUUACUUACUGAAAUCGGGAGCUGACAAAGAGAUUCUUACCACAAAGGGAGAAAUGCCCGUCCAGCUAACAUCAAGAAGAGAAAUUAGGAAGAUUAUGGGAGUGGAAGAUGAUGAUGGUGACAGCGACGAUCACCCCCAGCUGAAGAAGGAGUCAGAACUGCCCUUCGUUCCCAACUAUCUGGCCAGCCCAGCCUUCCCUUUUAUCUGUAUACCUGCAUCAGAGGAUUCAGCCCAGCUACAGAAUGGGGCCCUCCGCGCCUCCUGCAUCACCCCCUGCAGGUGGCUCGCCUCCGUUCCUGCCCCUGGAGAAGUUCCCCUGCUUCAGCCCUUUCCGUGGGACCACACCUCGUUGGCACUGGUUCAGAACGGGGAUGUGUCUGCCCCCUCUGCCAUACUUAGAACACCAGAAAGCACAAAACCGGGUCCUGUUUGUCAGCCACCAGUGAGUCAGACUCUAUCCCUGUUCUGUACUGUCCCAUCCAAGCCACCAAUGUCUCUGGAGCCUCAAAAUGGGACAUAUGCAGGACCAGUGCCAGCAUUCCAGCCAUUUUUCUUCACUGGAGCAUUUCCAUUUAAUAUGCAAGAGCUGGUACUCAAGGUGAAGAUUCAGAACCCAUCUCUUAGAGAAAAUGAUUUCAUUGAAAUUGAACUGGACCGACAGGAGCUCACCUACCAAAAGCUGCUCAGAGUGAGUUGCUGUGAGCUGGGUGUUAAUCCUGGUCAAGUGGAGAAGAUCAGAAAGCUACCCAAUACUCUGGUAAGAAAGGACAAAGAUGUUGCUCGACUCCAAGAUUUUCAAGAGCUGGAACUGGUUUUAAUGAUAAGUGAAAAUUUUCUGUUCAGAAAUGCUGCAUCCACACUGACUGAAAGGCCUUGCUACAAUAGGAGAGCUUCAACACUGACUUACUAA